AUGUGCUCCAAGAUGAAGAAAGCAGACGUGGUUUUUAUCCCUUAUCCUGACGUAGGCCAUAUAGUUUCAACUCUCGAGUUCGCGAAGCUUCUAAUUAACCGUGAUAACCGUCUCCGAAUAACCAUCCUGGUGAUGAAUUUCCCACACACCUCAGAAACUGAAGUCUACACUAAAUCCCUUCCCAUCUCCGAUUCACUCAACGUUAUCAACCUUCCAGAAUGUUCUCUUCCUCCAAACAUUGCUCCAACUUCCUCCACGACUGCUCUCCUCGAAGCUCAAAAAUCAAACGUCAAACAAGCCGUCACUAACCUCACUACUGAACGAGGCGAAAAUGGAGUCCUUGCUGCUUUCGUUGUUGACAUGUUCUGCACCACUAUGAUUGAUGUAGCUAAAGAAUUCUCCGUCCCUACACUUGUCUUCUACACUUCCGGUGUUGCUUUCCUUGGUUUGAUGCUUCAUCUUCAUACUCUCCGUGAACGAGACAAUGUAGAUUCGGAUAAGUUGCUGCAACUCACUGAGUUGUCUGUCCCAAGUUUUGCUAACUCGGUUCCUUCCAAAUCUUUGCCAACUAUUGUGCUACAAAAAGAAUGGGAGUCGUUUAUUAUGAACUAUGAGAAAGGCCUGAAGAAUGCUGAUGGCAUUAUAGUAAAUUCAUUUGAAGAGCUUGAAUCCUAUGCGGUUCACUCGUUUGCAUCCCAUCCUGAUUUUGUUGGUUUGCCGAUAUAUCCGGUUGGACCCAUAUUAAACCCUGAACCCAAAACCAAGGGUACAGUUGAUUCUAAUGAUAUCAACAAAUGGCUUGAUGAUCAACCUCCUUCCUCUGUAGUUUUCCUCUGCUUCGGGAGCAGGGGUUCUUUCGAUGAGGAUCAGGUUAAGGAGAUUGCACUUGCUAUUGAGAAUAGUGGGGCCCGCUUCGUAUGGUCUCUCCGUAAACCGCCAUCGAAGGGCACUAUGGCUUCGCCUUCUGAUUACCCUCUUUCUGACUUGGAUUCGGUUUUACCCGAAGGCUUUUUAGAUCGGACCAAAGAGAUUGGAAUGGUAAUUGGAUGGGCUCCACAAGCUCAGAUACUUGCUCACCAAGCCAUAGGAGGAUUCGUUUCACAUUGUGGUUGGAAUUCAACUCUGGAGAGUAUAUACUUUGGUGUGCCCAUAGCCACCUGGCCGCUCUAUGCUGAACAACAGGCAAAUGCUUUUGAAUUGGUGUGUGAAUUGAAAAUGGGCGUGGAGAUUGUGUUGGAUUAUAGGGUGGAGGAGGUUUAUAGCGGACAUAGCUAUUUUGUUGCUGCUGAUAAAAUUGAGAGAGGAAUAAGGAGUGUGUUGGAUAAGGAUGGAGAGGUAAGAAAGAAAGUGAAAGAGAUGAGUGAAAAGAGUAGGAAGACUCUUUUAGAGGGAGGAUCUUCCUACAUUUACUUAGGUCGUUUGAUUGAUUAUAUUGUGAAUCAAGUAUAAAUUGAAUUAUCCUUUUUUAUUUUGAAUGUGUUUGAUGUACUCAACAUGUUUUUGAAUGGAAGCAAUGUCCUUAAUAUA